AUGGACGCCGGCGAUGACUGGCGCGCCCAGCUCCAGCCCGCGGCGCGCGGCAGGAUCGUGAACAAGAUAGUACUGACUCUGAGGAAGCAUCUGCCGGUAUCAGUGCCAGAGGGGCUGGUUGAGCUUCAAAGAAUUGCCGUGCGAUUUGAAGACAAGGUGUAUGCUGCAGCCACUAGCCAGAGUGAUUACUUACGGAAGAUUUCUCUCAAAUUGCUGUCAAUGGAGAGUUACGCAAAUACACAACAGAACCCUGGUCCAGGUCACAUCCGGCAGGAGUAA